GGAGAUGACAACUUCGAGAACUGCAUCGGGACCGAGGUUGUGGAGCUGCGUAGGUACGUCGACGACACCAAACGAAGCCUCCUCGAGGCGAUCGCAGGCAUCCAAUCCAGCGUCGCCGCCCUGGCCAACACGGUGAAUACCUCAUGUUCUACGCUCUCACGACAGGUCGAGUCCCGUCUUGCCAGUGCGGAGGACAAACAAAAGAAGACGGACACCAGGGUCGAUCAGAUGGAGCGGAAGAUCCAUGAGCUGCAGGCCAUAUUGGGAGUCAUGCAGACCAAGACGAACACGCCCAAGCAGAACAUCCUUCCCGCGCUGCGGAACUGGUUGCUCAGGGCCUCGCUUUCCCCCGACGACAUCCAGCUCGAAACCGAACCCGUUGCACGUCGCUUCCAGAUCCGAGUCAAGGGCUCCGCCCAAUAUGCCGCUCGGAAGGUCGCCAUGGCUCUCUCGGCCUUGCGCACUGGGCCGCAGUCGUGGGAACGGUUCCACACCAACGACAUCGACGGAGUGCCUGUGGAUAUCCACGUUUCGGCCGACAAGUCCGCAUGCCAGGUCAAGAAGGAGUUGCUACUCAGACAGAUUCGCCGAGAAGUUGAGCAUAUCCAUGGCGAGCAUAGGGUCUUCGCGAACAAGGAGAGAGGUGAGCUGUCCGCGCAGUGGAAGCCGAUCCGAGUGGAGCCCGUCCAGAACGAUAGGCUCAAGAUCGAGUGGGCGAUGGAUCACGUCACGUCGCUCGGUAUCGACCGCCAGAGGAUCGAGGCCGCAAUCGAGCCCUUCCUGCAGGGCCCA